AUGAGCUGGAAUUCACCUGCAACCAACCAACCCGCCACCCAGCAGUGGGGCUCAACUACACCCUGGGACGGCAAUCAACAAGACUCGGCGCCUGGAGACAGUAGUGGCGGAAGAGGAUGGGACCAUACCCCUGCGAACCAAAGCACCUCCAACCAAGCUUCCAACAGCUGGGGUUCUUCUUCGACAAACAACGACAACAACGCUCAUGCUUCUGGCGGCAGUGGAGGCUGGACUUCGUCCGGUCCCAACAAGUCAAGCUCUGGUGCUCCUGCCUCGAACGAAGGAGGAGGCUGGAACUCUUCUGCUGGUGCAUCAGGAGGCAGUGGUUGGGAAGCAGACACUGGCUCCUCUCAGGCCAACAAAUGGAAUGAAAUGAGCAAACAGAUGGAGUCGACAUCGCUCCAAGACGAUCAACCUGUCCCCGAACCGACUAUAACCGUUGAGGAGGCGUGGCCUAGUUUCGCCGAGGCGGACGAUUCGCGGGAUUUGGAUGACAUCAAGACUGCACUGGCCCAGCUCUGCAGUGCCUACCAGGGAAGGACCUGGCAAGAGCUGGAGAACUUGCUUCGCAAGGAAAACUGCAACACAUACCUCGUCGCCGUAGAUGACCAAGUCUCGUUCGGAUACACACUUGUCAACUUACGCGCAGAGCCCAACCAAAAGUACCGCGUCAUUUCCUCAUUGAUCAAGCCCGGUACCGCGAAGAAGGGUCGUAUGGCCAUCGGUGUCGCCUCCAACUACGACGAGAACUUUGAGCGUCUCGAGAACGCAGGUGUCGUUCGUCCCAGUGGAGUUCCCAGAUGCUUCAAUUGCCGUCAGGAGGGCCAUGUCUAUUCUGCCUGCCCCGAGGAGAAGCGUGACGUUGAGCGGUCCGAAAACUUUGGCAAAUGUUAUAACUGUGGAGCUGAGGAGCAUCGGAGCCGCGAUUGUCCUGAGCCUCGCAAGGUGAUGAUUUGCAGAAACUGUGGCAACGAGGGUCAUCAGGCUCGCGCAUGCCCUGAGCCUCCCGCACCAAUGGUCUGCAACCGCUGCCGCCAGGAAGGCCACCAGUCGCGCGAAUGCGACCAGCCGAGAACUGAUAUGACUUGCAUCCGCUGCAACCAAGAUGGUCACAUGGUCCGCGACUGCGACCAGCCCAGAACGGACGUAACUUGCCACCGGUGCAAUCAGGUCGGACACAUGGUGCGUGAUUGCCCCGAACCCAGGACUGACAUGACCUGUAACCGCUGCAACGAGGUCGGCCAUUUUUCGCGCGACUGCCCUGUCCCCAGGACCUGCAACCGGUGCGGAGCCGAGGACCACGAGAGUCGCGACUGUGACCAGCCCAGAACAGAUAUCCAGUGCAACCGUUGUAGCGAGAUGGGGCACAUGGCUCGUGACUGCGGCCAGGAGCGCGAGCAGCGUGCUUGUUUUCGCUGUGGUUCCACCGACCAUAUCUCGCGCGAUUGCUCUGAGCCUCACACGGACCGCACGGACAUGCCACCUCGUCGCAACCGCUUCGGAUUUGACCAGGGCUUCUAA